AUGGUGCCUAAUAUUCACCUGGCAGGGCCCCUCCUGCCCAGAAGAGCGUCUCUGUUCCUGCUUCUGCUCAGCUGCAUGGUGUUCUCGUCUCUGGCAGACAGCUUACCGAGUUUUAUCAAGUCCCCCGAGGACCAGGCGGGCAUCUCGGGCGGGGUUGCGUCCUUUGUGUGCCAGGCCACCGGGGAGCCCAAGCCCAGAAUCACCUGGAUGAAGAAAGGGAAGAAAGUCAGCUCCCAGCGAUUCGAGGUGAUUGAAUUUGAUGAAGGCUCGGGCUCCGUUCUGCGGAUUCAGCCGCUGCGCAUCCACAGAGACGAAGCCAUUUACGAGUGCACAGCCACUAACAGCGCCGGCGAGAUCAACACCAGCGCCAAGCUCACAGUCCUGGAAGAGAACCAGAUCCCCCACGGCUUCCCCACCAUUGAUAUGGGCCCCCAGCUGAAAGUGGUGGAAAGGACCAGGACUGCCACCAUGCUGUGUGCGGCCAGCGGAAACCCAGACCCGGAGAUCUCCUGGUUCAAGGACAUGCUUCCAGUGGACAUCACCAGCAGCAACGGGCGCAUCAAGCAGCUCCGUUCAGGAGCUCUGCAAAUUGAGAACAGCGAGGAGUCCGACCAGGGGAAAUACGAAUGCGUUGCCAUGAACAGCGCUGGAACCCGCUACUCCUCUCCCGCCAAUCUCUAUGUCAGAGUACGACGAGUUCCACCUAGAUUCUCUAUCCCACCCACAAACCAAGAGGUGAUGCCGGGCGGUAGCGUAAACCUGACCUGUGUGGCCGUGGGCUCGCCAAUGCCCUACGUCAAAUGGACAACGGGCCAGGUGGACCUGACCAAGGAGGAAGAGAUGCCGAUGGGACGCAAUGUGCUGGAAGUAACCAACAUCCGCGAGUCAGCCAACUACACCUGCAUCGCCAUGUCCUCUCUGGGCGUGAUUGAAGCCACAGCGCAGGUUACCGUCAAAGCAUUACCAAAGCCCCCCACUUCGCUCACUGUGACUGAGACCACAGCCACCAGUGUCACUCUCACUUGGGACUCUGGAAACCCAGAACCUGUCUCCUACUACAUGAUUCAAUACAGAGCCAAGUCCUCUGACAACGGCUUCCAGGAAGUGGAGGGUGUAGCUACCACUCGGUACAGUAUCGGAGGCCUGAGUCCAUACUCGGAGUAUGAGUUUCGUGUCAUGGCUGUCAACAACAUCGGCCGUGGGCCUCCCAGCGACCAUGUGGAGACACGCACCGCCGAGCAGGCCCCCUCCUCACCCCCGCUGCACGUCCAAGCCCGCAUGCUGAGCGCCACCACCAUGCUGGUCCAGUGGGAGCCGCCUGAAGAGCCCAAUGGACAAAUCAGGGGAUACAGGGUCUACUACAGCUCUGACAUGACUGCUCCACUCAGCGCCUGGCAGAAACACAAUACAGACGAUAGCAGCCUGACAACAAUCUCGGGCCUGAUUCCUGAUAUCACCUACAGCCUCAGGGUGCUGGGCUUCACCUCUGUGGGUGACGGGCCACCCUCUGACAUCCUGCAAGUCAAAACACAACAGGGAGUGCCUGCCCAGCCGUCCAGCUUCGAGGCCGAAGCCGAGCUGGACACGCGCAUCAAGCUGUCCUGGUUGUGGCCCGUGCAGGACCCCAUCACCAAGUAUGAGCUGCAGUACUGGGAGACCGGCUCAGACAAGAAGAUACAUGUGACGUUCAACCCAGCUGGAUCCUACGCUGUGGAUGGUUUAAAGCCUGACACCUUGUACCGUUUCUCCCUGGCAGCCCGUUCUGAAAUGGGUUUAGGGGUCUACACCCAGCCCAUAGAGGCCCGCACCGCUCAGUCCACCCCAUCUGCACCCCCUCAGGAGGUACAUGUUGUCAGCCUGAGCUCCACCAGCCUCAAGGUGAGUUGGGUGGCACCGCCAGCUGAUAGCCGCCACGGCGCCAUUGUGCGCUACACGGUCAGCUACCAGGCCCUGGCCGGAGAGGACACAGAGCGCUAUGAUGAGUCUGACAUCGGCGCAGACGUUACUAGCUAUGUGCUGGAGGGGCUGGAGAAGUGGACUGAGUAUCAGGUGUGGGUGAGGGCCCACACUGACGUGGGCCCGGGCCCGGAGAGUACUCCCGUGAGGAUGAGAACCAGAGAGGAUGUGCCAGGGGCACCCCCAAGGAAACUGGAGGUGGAAGCCAUUAAUUCCACAGCCAUCAGAGUCACCUGGAAGCCGCCCCUUCAGGUGAAGCAGCACGGCCAAAUCAGAGGCUAUCAAGUCAUUUUCUCCCGGCUUGAGAACAAUGAGCCACGAGGCCAGCCAAACAUCAUGGACAUCGCUCUGCCGGAGGCACAGCCGAAGCCCACACAUCGCCCUCAUUUCCCUGCUAAAUUUAAACCACAGGCCAUGUUAACAACGCGAUGCUAUCGACCCUUUCGCAACCACACUUCUGCCGGAAAAGCGGCCUGGACCUCGGCUGGCAGCUCCACACCGCACAGGCCGCCCCAGCUUCCACCGAGGCCACCCAUCAGUGAACUCCUCCGCAGCGACCCAAUCGGGGCGCGCAUUGCUGGUGAACGCAAGCCGCUGCGUUCUGCAUCAGGGAAGAAGAAUCGACUCUUAGAUUCUGUGUCGCUCAUGUCCACGGAGGCCGUCAUUGGUGGACUGCACUCUGAAACCACGUACUCUGUCACCGUGGCAGCCUACACCACGAAGGGAGAUGGAGCUCGCAGCAAAGCCAAAGUCAUCACUACAACUGGAGCAGGCAAACCCACCAUGAUGAUCAGCACCACCUUGGACAACACCGGCCUGAUCCAGUGGCAGCCGCCUAAGGAAAUGGUGGGUGAGCUGAUGGGGUUCCAGCUGCAGUACAAGCGCACUGAUGAGGAAGCCUUCACCUCCCGCGAGCUGAGAAAGACAGAUGACCACUACACGGUCACCGGUCUGCACAAAGGUGCCACCUACGUCUUCCGCCUCAGCGCCCGCAACCGCGCCGGCAUCGGUGAGGCGUACGUAAAGGAAAUUAGCACACCUGAGGACGUGCCCUCCGGCUUCCCGAUAAACCUCCAAGUCACCGGACUGACUCAGUCCAGCACCCAGCUGACCUGGGAGCCUCCGCUGCUGCCGGAGAGGAACGGCAAGAUCGUUCACUACGUGGUCGUGUACCGGGACAUCAACAGUCAGCAAAACACAACCAACCGCACGGCUGACACUUACAUGACCAUACAGGGCCUCAAUCCCGACACCACUUAUGAUAUCCGCGUGCAGGCGUUCACCAGCAAGGGCGGGGGGCCCCUCAGCCCCAGCAUCCAGAGCAGGACCAUGUCAAAUGACUACUCGUUUGUACUGACAAGCAGAGGAAACAUUGCUGGAGGUCUGCAGCAGAAAGUGUCCAUUCGCACCGCCCCAGACCUGAUUAAAACCAAGCCAAGCAACCACCAGGCUCAAGGCGGCAAGAUGACAAUCAACCUGCCACAGGUCCAGACCACCACUCACGUCAGGUGGUACUACAUUGUGGUGGUGCCAGUGUCCCAGGCAACGCGCCGGUGGAAGAAUCCAGACGAGAUGGACCUGGACGAGUUGCUCAGGUCAAGUGAGGGGCCAGUCCUAAGGCGCCGGCGUCACCUGGAUUCCUCCAAGCCAUAUAUCGCUGCCAAGUUGGACUCCUUGCCAACCACCUUCACACUGGGUGAUGAGAAGUGGUACAACAACUUCUACAACAAGCCCCUGACCAGUCAACAGGAGUAUCUGUGCUUCGUCCUGGCGGCACUUGAAUAUGAAGAGACAGACAGCACAGCUAAUUACGCGCUUAUUACCAAACCCAGCGUUACAGACGGUAAAGUGUGCGGCUGGAUCGAGCAGUUUGGCGGAGGCCGCAUCAAACAGGGUCUUCACCAGACCCAGGAGAAUAAAACAACAACCUAUGAAGAUGGGAUGAGAAGAAGUGAACUUGGAGGAGGAGACCGUGAUAACAUAGUCGGUUCCUCCAAAAAGGCGCGCAGAUCAGAGGAGAAACCGAUGACAUUUUCAGCCAGUCCCUACUCAGACCCGAUCCAGGUGACGGCAGAUCCGGAGCACCCGGAAAUGCUGUGGGUUAUGGGCCCGGUGCUGGCAGUGAUCCUCAUCAUCAUCAUCGUCAUCGCCAUCCUUCUCUUUAAAAAAAAGCGGGCGUCACCCCUACCAAAAGAUGAGCACUCGGGUGGGGUGAAAGACUCCCUGUUGGCCAACUCCUCCGACCCUGUGGAGAUGAGAAGACUCAACUACCAGACACCAGGUCCCAGCUCUCAUCGCUGCCCCAACACUCCAAGAAUGAGGGAGCACCCACCUAUUCCUGUAGUUGACCUUGCUGACCACAUAGAGCGACUUAAGGCCAAUGACAACCUCCGCUUUUCCCAGGAAUAUGAGUCUAUUGAUCCGGGCCAGCAGUUCACCUGGGAAAACUCCAACAUGGAAGUCAACAAGCCAAAGAACCGCUAUGCAAACGUCAUCGCCUAUGACCACUCCAGAGUGGUUCUCACCUCUGUUGAUGCCGUUCCAGGCAGCGAUUACAUUAAUGCCAACUACAUUGACGGCUACAGGAAGCAGAAUGCCUACAUUGCCACUCAGGGGCCUCUGCCGGAGACCCUGAGCGACUUCUGGAGAAUGGUGUGGGAGCAACGAUCCAACACCAUCGUCAUGAUGACCAGACUGGAGGAAAAGUCUCGGAUUAGAGGUCUAUGCCCGCCGCAAAAGGCCAGGGAACAACAUGUGAGAGGCGGAGUUCAAAGCAAGAAGCAGAUGAAACCUGUGGCCUGGUUUGCUUCUCCCUCUGAAUGGGAGCCGUCUCCCGAGGAGAUCUGCAAAGAGAAAAGCAUCACCGUACCCACCAUGAAGGCUGCUCUGUGCACAUAUGGAGCCAAGUGGCCCAACCUGCUGUCCGUACACAGCAGGCGAGAGCGGGCAUUAGACACAUUUCCCUCCACAAAGAAGAGGCCAGUCAUCACAAAUGUGAAGUGUGACCAGUAUUGGCCGUCACGAGGAACAGAGACCUACGGGAUGAUCCAGGUCACCAUGUUGGACACUGUGGAGCUGGCCACGUACAGCGUUCGGACUUUCGCCCUCUACAAGAAUGGCUCCAGUGAGAAGCGAGAGGUGAGGCAAUUCCAAUUUAUGGCCUGGCCCGACCACGGGGUGCCUGAGUAUCCCACUCCCAUCCUGGCCUUCCUGCGGCGGGUAAAGGCCUGCAACCCUCCAGACGCAGGGCCCAUGGUGGUCCACUGCAGUGCGGGCGUGGGCAGGACUGGCUGCUUCAUUGUGAUCGAUGCCAUGUUGGAGCGCAUGAAGCACGAGAAGUCUGUGGACAUCUACGGCCACGUGACGUGCAUGCGCGCCCAGAGGAACUACAUGGUGCAGACCGAGGACCAGUACAUCUUUAUCCACGAGGCCCUGCUGGAGGCCGCCACCUGCGGGAACACGGAGGUGCCGGCACGCAACCUGUACGCCCACAUCCAGAAACUCACCCAGCCCCCGGCCGGCGAGACGGUCACUGCGAUGGAGCUGGAGUUCAAGAGACUGGCCAACUCCAAAGCCCACACGUCACGCUUCAUCAGCGCCAACUUGCCCUGCAACAAAUUCAAGAACCGGCUGGUCAACAUCAUGCCUUUUGAGUCCACCCGCGUCUGCCUGCAGCCCAUCCGUGGUGUCGAGGGCUCUGACUACAUCAACGCCAGCUGCAUUGAUGGCUACAGACAGCAGAAGGCGUACCUGGCCACACAGGGCCCCCUGGCUGAGACCACCGAGGACUUCUGGAGGAUGCUGUGGGAGCACAACUCCACCAUUGUUGUCAUGCUGACCAAGCUACGAGAGAUGGGCCGGGAGAAGUGCCAUCAGUACUGGCCAGCGGAGCGUUCAGCCAGGUACCAGUACUUUGUGGUGGAUCCAAUGGCUGAGUACAACAUGCCUCAGUACAUCCUCAGAGAGUUCAAAGUCACAGACGCCAGGGAUGGACAGUCCAGAACAAUCCGCCAGUUCCAGUUCACCGACUGGCCUGAGCAAGGAGUGCCAAAAACUGGCGAAGGCUUCAUUGAUUUCAUUGGACAAGUGCACAAAACUAAGGAGCAGUUUGGGCAAGACGGACCAAUCACUGUUCACUGCAGCGCCGGGGUGGGCAGGACCGGAGUCUUCAUCACCCUCAGCAUCGUGCUGGAGAGGAUGAGGUACGAAGGUGUGGUCGACCUCUUCCAGACCGUGAAGACGCUCCGCACCCAGCGGCCGGCCAUGGUGCAAACAGAGGACCAGUACCAGCUGUGCUACAGGGCCGCUCUGGAGUACCUGGGGAGCUUUGACCACUAUGCAACGUAA